AUGGCGGCGGGCGGGGACCCGGCGCGGCGGGGCCCGCCCGGAUUCCAGGCUGGCUCCCGGUGUGACGUCACGCCCGGUCCCGGCCCCUCGCGCUCGGAAAAUGCUGCUCUCGGUGCGCCGCGCUCGGGGCUCCCCGCCUUCGCCUACAACAAGGGCGGCAAGAAGCAGCCCUAUGUGCCCCCGGCCCAGCCCCUGGGCCCCCCCAGCCCCAGCCCAGCCGGGGGGGCCCCGGACCAGCUCAGCAAGACCAACCUCUACAUCCGGGGGCUGCACCCCGGCACCACCGACCAGGACCUGGUCAAGCUCUGCCAGCCCUAUGGGAAGAUCGUCUCCACCAAAGCCAUCCUGGAUAAAACAACCAACAAGUGCAAAGGUUAUGGUUUCGUGGACUUUGACAGCCCCACGGCCGCCCAAAAAGCCGUGACAGCCCUGAAGGCCAGCGGGGUGCAGGCACAGAUGGCCAAGCAACAGGAGCAGGACCCCACCAACCUGUACAUCUCGAACCUGCCGCUGGGCGUGGACGAGCAGGAGCUGGAGGCGCUGCUGAAGCCCUUCGGGCAGGUGGUCUCCACCCGCAUCCUGCGCGACCACGGCGCCAGCAGGGGCGUGGGAUUCGCACGGAUGGAAUCCACGGAGAAAUGCGAGGCCGUCAUCACCCACUUCAACGGGAAAUUCAUCAAAACCCCCCCGGGGGUGCCAGCCCCCCCAGACCCCCUCCUCUGUAAGUUUGCUGAUGGGGGGCAGAAGAAGAGGCAGAGCCAGGGCAAGUUCGUGUCCAACGGCAGAGCCUGGGCCCGGGACGGCGACACGCCACACCGGUGA